AUGGGCCCGCCACCUGUCUUCGAUGGUACCGGCCGGCCACGAGCUUCGUCGGGUUUUGGCGCUGGACUGCUCGGCCAGAGGAGCACGCUGCCGCUUGUGCAACAAGCCGCCGCAGCAGCUGCAGCAGCAGGGCUGCAAGGUAAUUCGCUGGGAACGGGCGCCACUGGAAAUGCGAACCAAUGUACGUCUCUUCAGCCCUGGUUUCAGGGCCCCCUCUCCUCAUGCGGCUGGCUGCUCUUCCACCUCUCCCGCUUCCCCUCCCCCUUCCCUCGUACCGCACGUUACAUGAAUCACGAUCUCUUUCUCAGGAGAGUACUGAGUUGACACAGCCAUUACAGUCGCAGGAUUCUCAGACGCCUGGAUGACAGCGCAAAACUUCCAGGACAUGAACAACUACAACCCCAACUACAUGAUUGCGCCCGAGGUCUCGCACGAGUUCAAUCUAUUAAACGACUUCCUGCAUACUAGUCUUCUCGACGACACCGGCGUGGCGCCGGAUGAUACCUCGCAGAACCAAGCUUUUGUGCGAGCCAUGAAACAAGAAAUGCUUUCUGGCUUUGGAGCUGGCGGCUUGGCUGGAGGCGCAGGCCAGGCUGCGAACGUGCCUCCUGGGGCCAUGAUGCCACCCCCGAACCUAGAUGGCAGCUCUGGUCCACAUCCCGGCAACGCUAUGCAGAUCGACAAGGACAAGACCCGCGAAUACUACCUCCAGGCUGCGGAUCCAUCCGGGAGCGACAACCCGGAGGAGCGCAUGCUUCGUGUGCUCAAGGCCAAGUACGAUGCAGGCCUCCUCAAGCCGUUCAACUACAUCAACGGGUAUGCGCGGCUUGGCAAGUAUCUUGACGGCCACAUUGCAGCCUCUUCCAAGCAAAAGAUUCUGAGAACCAUCAAUCAAUUCCGUCCUAAAUUCAGAGAGAAGGCGCAAGGCUUGACGGACAUCCAGCUUGUCUAUGUCGAGAUGUGGUUCGAGAGGCAGCUGAUGGACUACGACCGCGUCUUUGCCAGUAUGGCAGUGCCCGCGUGCUGCUGGCGGAGAACUGGCGAGAUCUUCCGCGGGAACAAGGAAAUGGCUGAACUUAUCCAUGUUCCCGUCAAUCAACUACGAGAUGUGAGUGUCCCUUCAUGCAGCUCCGAGAAAGUUUCCACCAGACCAGUGGGCUGUCUGUGCUGAUGAUAAACGGAUGGAUCAACCUUUGGCCACAUUCGCUAACCUACGACAGGGCAACAUUGCACUGCAUGAAAUUCUGACAGAAGAAUCCAUGGUGCGGUACUGGGAGGAGUUUGGAACCAUCGCUUUCGAUCCUGCACAUGAUACCCUCCUGACAGCGUGUUCAUUAAAACACCCAAGUGAUACAUCCGAUCACCCAGUUAUAAAGUGCUGCUUCUCGUUUACGAUUCGAAAAGAUGACCAUAAAUUGUAAGUCUAAUAGUCUGGGUGAAGCUCACGCUGUUGUUUUGACGUUCCCGGACGUGUAAUUGACUCGAAUUCAGGCCUGCUCUGAUCGUUGGCAACUUUUUACCCCAUGAUCCCCCUUCGAAUUGACAGUAUUCAAUUUCGGUUUUGUUUGUUUGUUUCCUUCUCUGGCGCCCAACCAAGGAUUGCAUACCCAAAGCGAAGUAAUUCCCUUAUCCCGAUCUAUUGUGGCUGGAGUCAAGCGUCUACGAAAAAGACGCAGUAUCGUCGCGGACCCCCAAAAAAGAAUAUUCAUCUGCAUGCAGAUAAACAAGGCGUUUAUAGUUUGAAAGGCGUUCAAGGUUGAUCAGGGCAUUUUCACCGUCUCGACAGAGUUCCGGUCACAGUUCGAAGCUCUUGGUUUUUGUCUGGGUCUUUCUCUCUUUACAAAAACCUUGCAAGCAUCAGGUACUUAUACGUUUCCCCCAAUUGUUCUACAUGCUCAUGGAGACGUUGUCGGACAUGAAGCCUAUGUAUAUAGAACAGAUCCUUUACAUUGUCUAUGCACCUCUCCAUCCGGGUCAGGCGCUUAUAGAAAGUACUGUUUGUGCUCGUUUUUGACAUUGAAUUCCUCUCCAUAUGUGCAGACUCUUAUUAUGCGUGAUGUUUGAGAUAAACGAACGUGGGGAAAGUGCGGCCUGGGUCAGAUCCGAUCCGCGCCUGCCCAGCCUGGUGCUUGUACUGGCGGAAGGAACAUCCUUUCCAAGCAUUCGGCCGCGGCAGGGCUUCUACAUGCUAACGGUGUUGCUCAUCCUCCAGCAGAGACUCAUCUCUCGCAUCCAAGCCCUGGCUUCUCGCUCGCCCACUACACAGCCAAUUCUACAACCAGUCGUUGCAACUCGAGAGCUUGGCUUCUCCUGCAAGCACCCUCAAACGCUAUAAAGGCCAUGGGUAGAUUUGACCAGGCCACUGGGCGUGAAAAGCGUGACAAGAAACUCCAGCCUGUCAUCGGUAUCGCCCUCCCCGGAACUCGCAAAAGCCGUUGCGUAUUGUUAACGCUGAAGUUUUGUAGAUUUCGCGAGAGACGUCCACUCCAAGCUCGGACAUCCACAAACAUCCAUCUCCAGUAUCAACCUCCAGUCCGAAAUCAAUCAUCAGAUCAGCAUCGUCACUGAGUUCUGCCAGACGUCACCACCACCGGGGAUCUCGCCGCGCAUAGCGAAAGAAUUGGAGAGAAACGGCAAAGACUUGUGGAACCUAUGCAUCCGAUUGAGGAGGGAUAAUGCUCAGAGCAGCGGGUCUUCCCCCCUCCUUCUCCGGGCGCGGGUCUUCUCGUUCCAUCUCCUCGAGAUGGGGCGUGGUGCCAACCGCGGAAGGAGAGACAGGGAGUCUGAGAUUGUGUACAUGACCGCCUUGGUUCUCACGCUCGGGAGGUUGUGCCUGGAUGACGAGGAUUUGGACUCCGCAAGGAUCAUAAUGCAAAAAGCUGCCAACUAUAUCGAGCGAUUACACAGCCUGGCGGAGGAAGGCAAUCCAAACAAAAACAGGAUUGGACUUGAAGCGGAUUAUUUUGUGGUGAGGAUAGCUCUGGUAAGACGUUACCUCACAUCUCCUCAGUUCUCGUUGUUGGCUAAUCGGAUCUUUCAAGUCAUGGAAGGAAAACCGCCUUGAUGUGGCAGAGCACAUGUUCAGCAAGGCGGCGCAACUCACAAAUAUCAUGGAAAUCGCAUCGCUCGAAAUGAUGGCCGAUACGCUACGACACAUAGGUGCCGACUUGCACGCAAAGGGGGACUUACUCAUGGCGAUAAAAUGGCUCAAGAGAGCAUACGAUGCGUUAAAUUCCCGUCCAUUAGACCAUCUUUCGGUAGAAGGACUUGAUACUCGCCUUUGCGUCUGCCAGAAUCUUGUGCUCAGUUUUCUGAAAUCUGGUUCACAGGAGCAUUUCUCUGAAGCAAAAGAACUCGUCUCAUUUAUCGAAUCAGAGAUUGGAGACAAGCCCAUUGUUUUACACUGGAAAUUGGAAAUGCUCCAGCAGUCUCCGCCAGAAUUGAUGGAUAUGGACAACUACGCGGGGAUCUUACGGCGUAUGAUUCGCGUAUUUGAUUUUUCAGACGAGGAAUUCCAGUUUCUCUUAUAUCAUAUCAAAAAGCUCCGCGACAUGAACCCCAAAUUAGCCUGUGGCGUUCUUGAUAAUCUAUUAACACAUCGCGUUCUUCAGUCCAACAACUCGACGUGGCUGGAUAAGGCACUUGUGACCCGCAUAUGGGUGAGCACAAUAGAACCGGCCCCCUUGGGAGAUUCGUGGGACACAGGGUUGCUCGAGACUCUCGACAAGGUACACAAGUUGAUUCCAGAACCUCUCAGCCCCGAUGCUACAGGAGCAGCACAGUCAGUAAGUUUAAAUACUAGCCAUCUUAACUGUAACAACAAUUCCUAAAUGUCGCAAGCUACUGUGGAAAAAGAUCGAGGCUACAAUGAGCUGCCACCAGUACCAGUCGGCUGAUAAAUGGUGCCUGGUUGCUCUUCAUCCGAUAUUUUCAAACUCUGGCCCUUCGAACCAAGCUAAAUUUGGACGAAAACGAAUUCUUUGUGCGAUUUCGAUGAACAAGCCUGAAAAUGCACACGAAACUUUUGGGUCAAUGGCAACAGAGUGUCAGGAUGAUUGCCUGACCAGAUUCCUCAUGUUUAAGGUUUCUUUACUUGACUUCAACCAUGAUGUAGCAUUGAAAUCCAUCGAAUACCUAAGCCGCUGUGCAACUGAGGCAAAUGUUCAGGAAAUGCUUUACGCUUGUAUUCGGGAAUCUCAACAGGUCCACGACAAGCUGUGUACACUGACCGCUCUGCAGGCGGUUGCUGAGAACUGGUCCUCCGUGCAGGCGUCAGUUACAAGCCUCCCUUCAAUUCUGCGGUGCUGCGUCAGGCUUAUAAAGUUAAUUGAAGCAGAGGGGGGAGCCGACGAGUCUUCAAGCCUAUUUUCUGAUGACAUCUGCAAGAUCUUCGUGAUCGGUACGUCAACAGCCAACGAACAGCCGAAAUGAUCUUUUCUGAUGCGAACAGGGGCGACGCAUGCAAAGGCGGGCUCCCUGAGUGCGGACGGAAAGAAGGCCUUUUCUACACUUGAACUUCACUGGUUUCGGAAGAAUAGUUUCAACAUUGGUGUCAAAAAGUGUUCCUCGUGGGACAUGCCGAAAAUCAUUGGCGUUUUCUCCUCGUGUCUAGAUUUUAUCAGCUCUUACCCCGACGACAUGCCCGGGGGAGACUAUGAAGAGUUAUAUGUCAUGUCCAUGCGUUGCCAUUUCGUCAUGGGAGCAGCCAAAAUUUCUCUAGCACGCACGGAAGAUCGGCUAGAUGAAAGACUGCAAAACUAUCUCGAGGUCAGGCGCCAUGUGGCAGAAUUCGACCUUGAGCUAUGCAAAGAGACAGUUGGGCGAGACGAGCAAACCGUUUUGGAUCUGUACCGAAAGCUGUCGAUCCUGCUAGUCUUUGACUUUGAGGGAGCGGUAGCAUUGAAGAGUUGGGAUGACCUGGGGAAUAUCGUGAGGAAAGCCGAAACCUGCAAAGAUGAGACAACACUCAAAGCCAUGGGGGAUUGCCUCCUCAGAAGCGAGACCCCAAGCAAAGGUACGUGUUUGUGAUGAAACAUGUGUCAGGACCCAAGCAUAGUCUAACCAACGUAACCUUGAAGUCAUGUUCUCGACAAUGAGAUUGAUUGUCAAUGGCAUUUUUGUCUUGGAGGAUUUCGAUACACAGAGGCUGGGCAAGUACUUGCGGUGCAUCUUCCAGGUCAUCCUACCUCUUGACGACACAUUGGCGCUUCAGUUGCUAGAUGAGACUUUACAUAUUGCCAGGGAAGGUAGCCAAGUAAGUGUUUUCAUAUCCCAACGGGUGAUGUCGCAAUGGCAGACCUCACUGAUAGUCACAGGUUGGCUCCUCUCUACCUCCAACAGAUCUUGAAUGGCUCGUUGCCACGACCUUCAACCACGCCAUUGAUUUCUUCACCCGCGGAGAAGAGGAUCUAUGUCAGUGUUGGGCAUUGCGAGCCAUCGAGUUGGCUGGCGCUAUGGAGGACGCAGGACAAAUGA